GUAAAGAUAAGCCUACUAAUAACAGCACUUCGGUUAAACCAAAAAUAAAAGAUGACUGUCUCCAAGAUGCUCAGAAUUGUGUUUACUUCCAAUUCUUUAAUAGUAAAGAAAAGAAGUUAUAUACUCGCUUUAAAGAUAAAGUAGAAAGCAAUUUUGAAGGAAAACAAGCUAACAGUCCACUGUUAUUCUUAACCCUUACUUUUAAUACUACUCAUGAUAACUAUUCUGCCUUUACUACUAACUGA